AAUUGAUUGAUCGACAGUGUCGGCGUCGACAACAUAACCAAAUACCGCUCAAAAAAAUUCAAAGAACGUCGUAAAAAUGUCACUUUCGGGCUAAAAUAACCGCGAUUGUUGGCUUUUAAUCAACGAUUGUGCCACCCUUUCAAUAAUAACCACAAUGUAACCCCCAAUCUCGACACCCGAAUUUGCUCAUCCAACCCUAGUCGCUCAACCCAAGCCAAAUCCAAAAAUUAUUGUGAUACCGUUUAGUUUUACAUUCCCUUAGUGCUGUGAUGUGCCAAAAUUGAAAAUCCUGAAAAAUACAAAAUGCAUCUGUGUCCGUUCUGCUGCUUUGAGUCGAAAUGCGAAACCAUCCUCAACAACCACAUGAACAUCCACGGCGGAAACUUAUUUCUUUUAGAUGAACUCGAGGAAAACCUGCCACCGGCAAACUGCUCCUGCGACAGCUGCAGAUCCGAGCAGUUCCAACUUGACGAAUUUCCAGAUUUACCCAACAGCAUCCGGGUGGAGUCUGAAGAAGAGCUGUUGCUCUUGCCGGAUGAGAUAAACGAGAACACGAUUCUGGUCGACCCCGUCAGGUUCGAACCCAACUUUCAGAAAAGAUGGUUCAAAUGUGACCAGUGCAAGUACAAGUCGAGACAUGGAGAUAAUUUGCGAAGACACCUUAUUAUUAAGCACGGGGACGGAACCGUGAUUCCGUGGUACUACUGCGACUAUUGCCCCCACAAGUGCAAGCAGAAGAGCGCCAUGACUGUGCACAUAAAACAUAGACACUUGGCGGAUGAUGAGAUCGACUGGUUUUAUUGCGACGUAUGUUCGUACAGAUCAAAGACAAAGAGUAGCAUGGGGAACCACAAGACGGGGCAUGUCCAACCGGAGCAUGUAAAGUGGCACCAGUGCAGCCACUGCGAAUACAAAGCAAGAAACCGCAGCAGAUUGAAUAAGCACAAGUCGGAGCUGCAUAGCAAACCGGGGGAAAUUAACUGGCUGAAAUGUCAGUACUGUCUCAUGUACGUCACGCGGAGAAAUUCGUCGCUCAAGUUGCACAUUCGGCGAAAACACUCAGCAUUUCUCAAAUAAAGUAUUUAUUAAUUGUGUGUUAGUAGAGUAGAUUUUCCAAAUAUUUAAUGGUUAGCGUUGGAUUUUUUCAUGGUGGUCACCCCAAAAGGGCAAAGGGUGUUAUUCAAGCAAGCAGCACAUUGAGGUUUGACAGGUUGGCAAAUCUGCUGGCCGAAACCCACCAACAAAUGGAGAUUUGGAUUUCACCCAGCCGAGGCGGUUCGCGAUGCGGUGGACGUGGGUGUCGACACCGAUCCCAGUGACUACGCCCCACGCCGUCUUCAUACAAAGAUGAGCCAUUUUGGGGCCCACACCAGGAAGUUUACAUAAAUCUUCAACCGUGUUUGGAAUGUCUCCACUCCACUCGUUCUUCAACAUUUCUGUAGUUUUCUUAAUGAAUUUGACUUUGUUCUGUGAAUGGUUUCAUUUAAAUGUGCACAAAAUGAAUAAAUUAUAUACCCUCCAGAAGCUAA